AACGUUGAACGUUGAACGUUUGAACCCCCGGCUCCGUCCCUUCCCCUUCCCCUCCUCCUCGAUCAAGUAGGUUCCGGUCAGAGCCCAUGGCGACCACUCCGGCAUACGUCUCAAUGACCUAUCCCGCACCGACACCACCUGAAUAUCAUGAAUUUGAGUCGCAGCUCAACCAAGUCGUCAAUGACACUGAACUUCGCAACACAUACACCCGUGCCGAUCUUGCCCACACCCCUUGGGGAGUAUUUCAAGGUGCUAACUUGGUCACGCUGUAUUUGGUCAAAUAUGCGCCUUCUAUCAGGGACACCGUCGUGCCGGAGUGGAUUGACCGCGACCCGCGGCUUCAUAGCCUUGCGAACCCUGCUGAAAGAUUCUCGAAUCGCGAACUCGAGCAGUGGUAUGACCUCAUGUUGGGGGCUUGUCGCAGUGGCAAAUGGGAUAUAUUCAUUGAUAGAGCACCAUUGAUGCGGCGUUACCCAGUGGUACCUGGGUACGAAAAGCUCGCUGUCCAAAAGGCAUGGGUGCAGCCGUACGUGGGGCAAGCCCCCAUGGCCCUUGUAGGCCACCUGCGUAGUUACAGUUGGUGGUCAAAUCGCCCAACGGUUCAUGAUUUCUCGAUUGUUCAGUCUUCCGGAACCGGAAAGUCCCGCAUGAUAGAUGAACUCGCAAAGGACCGUUUAGUCAUCCCCAUCAGUAUGGGCUCAGGCAUGGGUCCUCAAGAUUAUGGCACACCUCCAUACCCGCCUCCCGAUUUCGGUGUAAUAAACCGGUUUAUCGGAUUUGAAAGCGCCAGUUCUCUUGCGAGUCAUUGCAGCGCUUUUGUUCAAGCGCUGUUUGAACACACACUCGUUGCCUUACAACGUGACUUUGCUGAGGAAGCAAGUUGCGGAUUCGUCUCGCUCUGUUCUGCAUUCCGGAGCAGGAUGCAAGAGGGGAUGAAAUGGGGCGACCACGGGCAGUAUCGGAAGGAUUUUUUUAGGGAAGUCUUUAGCGUUGCUCGUGAUCACUUUCUGAAUGAUCGGCAGGAAGUGCACCGCACGUCCAGUGUGGGCUCUGCUUGUGCACGGCUGAUGGAGUACUUGUACCAGGUUACCAAGGAUAAGCGGCUGUACUCAGGAUGUCCCGGCGACAUCCCGCCGAGGGACGUCCUCCGCGAGUAUCAUCCGAUGGUGCUUGUUACUUUCGACAAUGCGGAACACCUAACCGACGGUUCUACCGCAGCCAAUUGCAUUCGGCCCUCGAAGAGUCCACAAUGUAACGCCGUGGUGGAAUUGAAGCGGGUCUUCACUCAGUUGACCUCUUGCUUUCCUGUGCUCGUGCUCUUCUUAUCCAACUCGCCGGCGUUACUUUCCUCGACAAUACAAUCGAUGUCUCCAAGAUAUGUCGACAAGAAGACACGCGUACGCGAUGGCCCUCUGCCCGUGUGGAUGGAGCUGCAGUUUGAUCUAGAGGCUACCAGGGUCAGUGUGAACGAUGGCUUUACGUUGACCGACGUCGCCUCCGAAGAAUACAUUGGCCACAUGGGUCGUAUCUGCUUUGGAACCCUUCGGGGCGCGGGAAUCCAAGAAUGGAGAGAAAACCUGGUCCCGCUAGCCGCGCAACGACUCUUGCAUACGUAUGAACUUGGCCAAAAUGACCUCACCUCCGCGCAGUUACUUGCAUGCGCCUCUCAGCGGCUCGCUCUCACCCUCGACGCCCGCGUCGAGGCCGAGCAGCUCGCCACGAUGAACCAGGUUCAAGACCACAUGCGCCUAUGUUUCUUCCAGCAGACCGACUGCGAAAGAACUGGCGCUACGCAAGCGAUAUCCCAAUCCGGGUCCGAACCACUCCUUGCAGAGGCGGCGUACUACGCUGUACACCGUUCAGCUGCCAACUUGGUAGUCGCGCUGAAGACUAUGCUGGUGGAUGUUCCUGUUGAUGCAGCCAACGGAGGACAGCUGCUCGCCUCCCUGUUGUUGAUACUCGCCCGCGACGCUACUGUCGGUGAACCUGACGCUCACGGCCGUCCCGCGCCGGUUCCUGGCGGGCGCAGUGGUCGCAUCAUGGGUGCAAUCAGAUUCUUUCGUACUCUCUUUCCGUUCAUGCGUGCCCCCCACGCGCGAGCCGACGCAUUUCCCACGAAGGUUGACUUAUCCGACGACCAACGGCGUCUGGUCGCAGACUUCGAGCGAGAGUUCAACGACUGUCAAAUGUACUUCAACCACUUCGUGUCUGUCCCUCGACAGGUUUUGCAGAUGCACUAUCUGCAUGCAUUGUUGGCCCGUGGCGCAGCAGCCCGAUGCGCCCAACUUGGUCACCCAGUCGAUGCCAUCUUGACGAUGGUUGACGGCGGGCGGGCGGAGAAGGACAAGGUUAACCUCAUUCUCAUCAAGGCAGUUGAGUCCAGCGACGGGCUUCCUGCAGAAGAUACGUUCAGCGCGAUGGAUCCUUACGACCGCUGCAUCUGGGCUCCCGACUAUGUCCCACAUAAACCGCUCGUCCGCAUUGUGUUUGCCUUCGACGUUCCCCGGGCCCUUGGCGACUUUCACAUCGCACGCAAGGAGAACAUCGACGAUCAACAUAGGUCCUAUGUCUCAUACGACAUCCGCAUUGCGGGGCUGUCCCCAGAUAUCGUUGGUCCCCUGGACCCAGACACGGAGCAGGAAAUGAGGCAGAUUUUGCUGUUGUGCAGGUCGCAGAGGACACGUCUGUUCCCUGACCCAUAUCGCGACAUCCGAGCACCCGUCGAGAUGGGGUCGUUCUCAAUGCGUGUAGGUGGUGGUACGAUGUAUCCGUAUUGGAAGAAUUGGACAACAGACGUGUGUUGAGCGGCCUAUUUGAUAGACGUACCAUUCACAGUAGUCCUGAUAUGUAUGAAUUGUCUUACGGUAAACAAGAGAUUGCUACGCUUCGCCCCGCCUUGAAGCUUGCUCAGAGGUUGCUUGUACGAGUAUGAGAAGACCGUGCCGGAGUUUGCAGUAGUUGUUGUUUGCGCACGCAUAGGGUCGAC